CGGGGCAGGGGAGGUGGGGGAGAGGGCGAGGGGAGUGGCCGCGGCCUCCCCUCGCCCCUGGGUUGCGGCCUAGCCCGGGAAGUCAGAGCGGGUCCUUCGGCCCCGCCGUAACGACCCCCCUCCCCUGCCCCCCGCCCGCCGCCCUCGCCGGGGCGAGCUGGGAGCCCCGGGCUCCCGCUCUCAGUUCCAGUCACCCCACCCCCAUCCCUUGCACCCCACCCCCACGGCGCCUGCUCCUUCCCAACAACCUUCCUCCCCUCCCCCACAUCCGGUGUUGGCGAAACCGUAGGAGCCCGGAGCAGCCCCGGAAAGCCGGCUUGUGCCCCGUCUCCCGGAGAGAGAACUGACACUAGCUUGCUUUCUUCGCGACAACAGUUUCCCUAGUUUAGCGGACCCCCACUGCCUAAAUCCAACUGGGUGCCAGGAGCUGAAUUUACCUACUCUCGUUCCUCUCCAGGGUCCCACUACUUGGGAGAUAUUCUCAAACUCCACAUACUGAAAGCCACCGACCUUAAUCCGGUAUCCUACACCCCUUCCCUACUUUAAUUAACUCCCACCCCAGCCCUCCGCAUCGGAGUCAAGAACAACAGGGACACUUCCGUUCUCCUUGUAGGAUUGAUGAAACCGUAAUGAAGAACACCCCCUAAAGUCCCAUAAUCGGUGCGGAUUCCUAUGGGGAAGGCCCAUGUUGUUGACAUCUUGCAGGCCUUGGUUCUGGACCUUGAGAAGGAGGCUGUGGAACUAGUGAUAGCGAUGCUUUUUAGGAUUUGGGGAUAUUCCCUGCCCAAAAAUUUCCUGGAAAAUUGACUAGUAUUAAGUGUGAAGAAAUCUUGAAGACCAGAAAUUGGAUCUUAUUGAAUUUUGGUGUUCUUUUUCUUUUUUCUUUUUCUUCUUUCUUUUUAAAUUAUAUUGUUCGGCUAUGGAAGAUGGAUUUUUUUUUUUCCAAUAAUCCUUUGACUCUGAAGUUCAUCUUUAAAUGAACUCUCUUUUUUGUUGGUUUUUAUUUUUGUUUUUGUUUUUGAGGAGAUAACUAAGCCUAGCUGUCUCCAGUCUGACAAAGGUUAUUCGAAUGGACUUAAUCUCCCAGUAGUUGGGAGAUGUUUUAAAAACACGUCCUGUGUUUGAAUUGUGGCUGAGAGGUUUCCUUGGCAAUGUGAGGAGGAAAAUUCUUUCUGCCCCAUUAUUAUUAAUUCAUGGAUUGAGUGUUGGUUCGACCUACAGGCGUAAUAGAUUGGAACUCAGUGAAGACACAGAGGUUCCUGUUGAGAGCAACCAGCUAAUGAUUGCAUUUUAAAGACGAUUUCUCUGAUUGAGUUGUCUUUUGGAAGAUUAAACCCAUUUCAAGAGGACUUGGAGCUGGUCCUCGCCUUGAGGAAGCAGUGGCUUGUUUUCAAGAAGCCACUUCCAAUCUAAGGAUCUACCCAGCAUGCCUAAUCAAGGAGAAGACUGCUAUUUUUUUUUCUAUUCUACAUGUACCAAAGGUGACAGCUGUCCCUUCCGUCACUGUGAAGCUGCACUAGGAAAUGAAACUGUUUGCACAUUAUGGCAAGAGGGGCGCUGUUUUCGACAGGUGUGCAGGUUUCGGCACAUGGAGAUUGAUAAAAAACGUAGUGAGAUUCCUUGUUACUGGGAAAAUCAGCCAAUGGGAUGUCAGAAACUAAACUGCGCUUUCCAUCACAAUAGAGGACGUUAUGUUGAUGGCCUUUUCCUACCUCCAAGCAAAACUGUGUUGCCCACUGUGCCUGAGUCACCAGAAGAGGAAGUGAAGGCUAACCAGCUCACAGUUCAACAGAACAAAUUGUCUGUCCAGUCUAAUCCCUCCCCUCAGCUGCGAAGUGUUAUGAAAGUAGAAAGUUCAGAAAAUGUUCCUAGCCCCACCCAUCCACCAGUUGUGAUCAAUGCUGCAGAUGAUGAUGAAGAUGAUGAUGAUCAGUUUUCUGAGGAAGGUGAUGAAACCAAAACACCCAUCCUGCAACCGCCUCCCGAAGUUCAUAAUGGAUUACGGACAGCCUCUGCCCGGAAACCUGGGGUCAAUUUGAAGCAAGGUGAAUGUUUGAAUUUUGGAAUAAAAACUCUUGAGGAAAUUAAGUCAAAGAAAAUGAAGGAAAAAUCCAAGAAGCAAGGUGAAGGUUCUUCCGGAGUUUCCAGUCUUUUACUCCAACCUCAGCCCAUUCCAGGUCCUGAAAAAGAGAAUGUUCGGACUGUAGUGAGGACAGUAACUCUUUCCAGCAAACAAGGAGAAGAACCCUUGGUAAGAUUGAGUCUCACUGAGAGACUGGGAAAACGAAAAUUUUCAGUAGGUGGUGACAGUGAUCCUCCAUUAAAGCGUAGCCUUGCACAGAGGUUGGGGAAGAAAGUGGAAGCUACAGAAACUAACACUGACAAAGCACCAAAGAAAGUUCAUAUUUCCAAGUCUCUGAAGGAGCGAUUAGGCAUGUCAGCUGGUCCCAACAGUGAGGAGGCAGGAGAGAGAGUCACUAAAGUUGGUGAGAUCCAUGUGAAGACAUUAGAAGAAAUUCUUCUUGAAAAAGCUAGUCAGAAACGUGGAGAAUUGCAACCUAAACUCAAGACAGAAGGACCUUCAAAAGUUGAUGAUUCUACUUUAGGAACAAGAAGCCCCUCCACUAUCCGAAUCAAAACCUUCUCUGAGGUCCUGGCUGAAAAGAAACAUCGGCAGCAGGAAGCAGAGAGGCAAAAAAGCAAAAAGGAUGUAACUUGCAUCAAGCUAAAGGCAGAUAGUGAAAUUAAAAAAACAGUGGUUCUCCCACCUAUAGUUACCAGCAAAGGACAAUCAGAGGAGCCCGCAGGUAGAACAAAGUCUAUGCAGGAGGUGCACAUCAAGACACUGGAGGAAAUUAAACAGGAGAAGGCACUGCGGGUACAGCAGAGCUCUGAGGGCAGCACCAGCUCCCAGCCUCAGCCUGAGGCCACCCCAGGGGCAAGGCGGCUUCUCCGAAUCACAAAAAAAACAGGUAUAAAAGAAGAGAAGAAACUUCAAGAAGGAAGUGAAGUUGCUUCCCAGAGCAGUGUUAUUAGAACAGAGGCUAAAGAGGCUUCAGAAGAGACCACAGGAGUUGGCAUCACCAAAAUUCAAGUCAAGAGGUGUGAGACCAUGAGAGAGAAGCACAUGCAGAAACAGCUGGAGAGGGGCACCUCACAGAAGGAAAAAUCAGUUUUGACACCCCUCCGGGGAGACGUAGACUCUUACAAUACUCAGAUAGCAGAGAAGCCGGUGCUCACUACAGUGCCGGGCCUCACACGGCACCUGACCAAGCGGCUUCCCACAAAGCCAUCCCAAAAGGCAGAGGUAGAAACCUCAGGCAUUGGGGACUCGAUAUUGAAUGUGAAAUGUGCAGCACAGACCUUGGAAAAAAGGGGUAAAGCUAAACCCAAAGUCAAUGUGAAGCCAUCUGUGGUUAAAGUUGUCUCAUCCCCCAAACUGGCCCCCAAACGCAAGGCAGUGGAGGCCCACCCUGCUGUCAUUGCAGCUGUGAAGCCACUCAGCUCCAGCGGCGUCCUCCAGGAAAGCCCCACCAAAAAAGCAGCUGUGGCGGUUGUCCCACUCCUUUCUGAGGACAAGUCAGUCACUGUGCCUGAGAUGGAAAAACCUAGAGACAGUCUUGUGCUGCCUCCAACCCAGUCCUCUUCAAAUUCCUCCCCACCGGAAGUAUCUGGCCCUUCUUCAUCUCAGAUGGCCACGAAAACUCGCCGACUGAGCUCCACCUCAACAGGAAAGCCCCCGCUUUCUGUGGAGGAUGAUUUUGAGAAACUAAUAUGGGAGAUUUCAGGAGGCAAAUUAGAAGCUGAGAUCGACUUGGAUCCUGGGAAAGAUGAAGAUGACCUUCUGCUUGAGCUAUCAGAGAUGAUUGAUAGCUGAAGGCAGUAGAACAUUUAAAAAAAAAAAAAAACAAAAACUGGACUUAGUUUCAUCUAUUAUAACAUUUA